CCCCUGCCACAGUUUCACUCCGUCUUUCCCCAGCUGUGUUUCUCCAUUUCUUCUCUCCUCUUCCAUUUUACUCCUUGAGUCUUGAGUGUCCCUAAAACAAGGUGACACCCAGGACAGGCAGAACAUGGGAAUACCUCCUUGCUUCAAUGCCUGUGGCAGGCUUGAAUUCCCGUUUGGGUUCUGGCUCAGUCUCCUGAGCAGCUCUGGGGUGGAGAAAGUCACCAGGGGCCAUGGUGGUCCUGGGCCAAGGGAAGAAACAAGGGCUGUGUGGGCAGGACAUGGGUGACACUGACUCUGGGGGGCUGAAUUGUUUAUAUUAUAAAUAUUUUUCCCCUGUUCCUUCUGCAGUGUUGCUCUGCGUCCAAGUCAGGAGUUAACAAGUGUGGGGGUAGGGUAAUGGGGACGUGAGCACACAUAUGGGGGGACAAAGGGGACCUGACAGCACACGGGGGAUCCCAGGGGAUCUGAUGGGCUGUGCAGUUUUAGGGAAGCACUCCUGGGACACAAGAGAGAGGCAGGGUCUGCACUGUGGGUGAAGUCAGGGGGUCUGAGCCAUCCGUGCAGUGUCGGGACAGUGUGAGCUGGAGCAGGCUGAAGGGCACAGAGAGGGGUGGGGACGGUGGUCUCUGAAGGGCGGUGGAGCCUGAACGGAGGGUCCUGAGGGGCUGGACCAGGGUCUGGGGGCUGGAGGGAGCGGAGUGUGGGUGGAAGGGUGGGGUGGUUCGAGGGCUGAGAGCUGGAGCCUCCCUGCGAGCAGCCCUGGUGCAUUCCCUGUGCCCAGCACCGCGCCCUCGCAGCGGCGCUCGGAGCCAGGCCAGGAAAAUCCCGGGAGCUGCGGGAGCCUCUGGCUGCCCCUGGCAACUCUGUUGUGCUGCUGCCACCACCUCGGCUGUCCCGGCCCCUGGGCGAGGAGGAGGCGCCGGCCGAGAUGGACUCGGAGCUGGAGAAGCGGUUGCGAGCGGCUUUCCGGGACAAGCUGCGGCUGCUGUGAGUGAGACCCCUCUGCCCUCCCCCUGGCAAGUGACCAAAGGGAUGGCAACCAGCCCAGCAUGGCCUGUGUGCCCCGAGAGCUCGGUUUGUGUUCCCAUCUCCGGGUGCCGCUGCCAGGAUGGUGUCACUGGGUGGGUGCAGUGUCCCCAGCUGAGGCUCCCAGGGAGGAGAGGACAGUGCAGCCAUGGGCUGGGGCGAGGCGGGGUCAUUCCUGGAUUCUGACAGGAAAGCUGAGUUUGGGGUCUGAAGUGGGAGGGGUGGCCAAGAGCACGGGCGCAGGCAGGGCUGGCCCUGCGUGGCUCCUGACGAUCCCCGCGCACCCGGGCGAGCGGGCCGGGCUCCCCGCGGCAGCGGUGGCCCGAGGGGGCCCCGCCCGUGCCACGGUGGCAGAUGCCGUGCCCAGGCUGUCCCUCCGCAGCCCAGCCGAGCUGCUCGCAGCCCGGGGCAGCCCGGGGGCAGCGCGGGACCCCGCCACGCUGCUGCCAUCAUCCACCCGUGUGCUGCUCAAGAGGCGGCAGCUGGCGGAGCUGGAGCGGGAGCUGCAGAGCCGGCGGCAGGUGAGGCUGCCCCAGGUGUGCCAUGGGGACACGGCGGCUGGCAGCGUGUCCCCAGCUGAGCACGGGCACCCUGCUCUCGGCACCCUGCAAUCCCACAGGAGUUUCAGCAGGGGGCCCCGCCCGUGCCACGGUGGCAGAUGCCGUGCCCAGGCUGUCCCUCCGCAGCCCAGCCGAGCUGCUCGCAGCCCGGGGCAGCCCGGGGGCAGCGCGGGACCCCGCCACGCUGCUGCCAUCAUCCACCCGUGUGCUGCUCAAGAGGCGGCAGCUGGCGGAGCUGGAGCGGGAGCUGCAGAGCCGGCGGCGCAGCGCCAGCAGGAGCUGGCCCGCAGGCAAGAGCAGCACCGCGACGCCGUGCUCAGCUUUGACUCGUUCCUAAAGGCGGUGGCCGGGCUGGCCCCCCUGGCCUCUCAGCCGCCUCUCCCUGCCCAGUUCCAGGACGUGCCGGCCAUGCUGGAGCAUUUCGGGGUGCUGGCAGGGGUGCGGGCAGCGCUGGCACGGGAGGCAGAAGCCGGGCAGGAGCUGCUGGCCCAGGGCAGGGCACAGCUGGAGCGGUACUGUCAGGAGAGCAGCACCCAGCUCCUGGGCACCAGGGACGAGCUGGCCCGGCUGCACACACGGCUGGAGGCUGUUCGCCGAGAUGUGCUGCAGUGGGAGUCACGCUGGACCCACAUCCAGAGCACAGCCACCCAGAAGAGCCUGCUACUGGGGCAGAUCAAGCUGGCUGUGCUGAACCUCUUCCAGCAAAUGACUGCACAGCUCAGGAUUCCCAUGGACAGAGCGCAGGAGGACACGAAGGCCCAGUUGGAUAUGGUGCUGCGCUGCAUGCAGGGCCUGGCUGAUGUCUGUGCCACGGGCACACACCCACAGAACCACAGGAGUGCCAGGCUGCUUCGGGACCAGGAAUAGCCUCUGGGGACACCUGCCUGCUCCUGGGGCUGGGGAGAGGCUGCCAGGGCCAGCAUGGAACUGCAGGACCCCUGGGGAAGGAGGUAAUUCCCUGCAAGUCUGGAAACCCCACGCCGAGAGGCAACAUGGAUGACAGCACCACAGACACACUGGGGUGGCACCACACCCAGGCAGGGCCAGGGCACUCCAGAGGUUCCCUCCUGCACAAACCACCCCAGGCAGGAGGAGAAGGAGGAGGGAGCUGCUGUUGCCAUCUCUGAAGGUGUUUCACAUCAAAAUACAUCCAGCUGUGCAGCCGCAGCACCUGCUUGUUCUUGUGU